GUCUUUACGUCUCUAAGAGGAAUUCAGCACAGGGUGUCCAUGUGAUUGUCUGCUUAUUCUUUCCCUUAUAUCCUCUGUUGAUUUCACCUUCCCAAGUAAAAUUCUACCUCUCCUAUACUUUGGUUGAGCAUAUUUUCUUCUGAUGUUACUAAAUUUUACUGUUGAAUGUAACAGCUACGAGGGAAUUUGAGGAAAAGGGCUGAUCAAUGGCUAAGGAACAACUGCAGGUGCUCAAUGCCCUUGAUGCAGCCAAAACACAAUGGUACCACUUCACGGCGAUCAUCAUCGCCGGCAUGGGCUUCUUCACAGACGCGUACGACCUAUUCUGCAUCUCCCUCGUGACGAAGCUCCUCGGCCGCCUGUACUACACUGAGCCGGGCUCCGCCAACCCGGGCACUCUGCCUUCCAACGUGGCGGCAGCGGUCAAUGGGGUCGCCUUCUGCGGGACCCUUUCGGGCCAGAUCUUCUUCGGGUGGUUGGGUGACAAGAUGGGCCGGAAGCGGGUUUACGGCAUGACCCUCAUGCUCAUGGUCCUCUGUUCUGUCGCCUCGGGGCUCUCCUUCGGUAAGGAAGCAAAAGGGGUGAUGGCAACCCUUUGCUUCUUCAGGUUCUGGCUCGGGUUCGGCAUUGGCGGGGACUACCCACUUUCCGCCACCAUCAUGUCGGAGUACGCGAACAAGAAGACUCGUGGUGCCUUCAUCGCAGCCGUUUUCGCGAUGCAGGGUUUUGGGAUUUUGGCUGGCGGGAUGGUUGCUAUAAUUAUCUCUUCAGCCUUCAAGUCUAGAUAUCCCGCACCGGCCUAUGAAGUCAAUCCAGGCCUCUCCACCAUCCCGCAAGCCGACUACGUGUGGCGGCUGAUUUUGAUGUUCGGUGCGCUUCCGGCCGCUCUCACAUAUUACUGGCGGAUGAAAAUGCCUGAAACAGCCCGUUACACCGCUCUAGUGGCCAAGAAUGCCAAGCAAGCCGCAGCCGACAUGUCGAAGGUUCUCCAAGUCGAUUUGGAAGCAGAGCCAGAGAAAGUCCAGCCAAAGGUGCAAGGGAACGACUUUGGCUUGUUCUCGAAGCAGUUCCUCCGACGCCACGGGCUCCACCUGCUCGGCACGACAAGCACCUGGUUCCUGUUGGACAUCGCCUUCUAUAGCCAGAACCUUUUCCAGAAAGACAUCUUCACCGCCAUCGGUUGGAUUCCCAAGGCGAAAACCAUGAAUGCCAUAGAAGAGUUGUACAGGAUUGGGCGUGCGCAGACCUUGAUCGCUCUCUGCAGCACAGUCCCAGGGUACUGGUUCACGGUGGCGUUCAUCGACAGGAUCGGAAGGUUCGCAAUCCAAAUGAUGGGCUUCUUCUUCAUGACAGUGUUCAUGUUUGCUCUGGCCAUCCCUUACCACCACUGGACCUUGCCGGACAAUCGAAUCGGGUUCGUGAUCAUAUACUCGCUCACCUUCUUCUUCGCAAACUUUGGCCCGAACGCCACCACGUUCGUGGUCCCCGCGGAGAUCUUCCCGGCACGGCUCAGGUCGACUUGUCACGGCAUAUCUGCCGCAGCCGGCAAGGCCGGGGCCAUGGUGGGUGCAUUCGGCUUUCUGUACGCAGCGGAUGGGAUCGGCGUCAGGAAGACCUUGAUCAUACUCGGCGUGAUCAACUUCUUGGGGAUGGUAUUCACCUUCUUGGUGCCAGAGUCGAAGGGCCGCUCGCUCGAGGAAAUCUCCGGAGAGAAUGAGGAAGAAAACGCAGCCGAGUUGAGGAAAGUUCCAGUUUGAACAUGGCCGUUCACCCUCCCGACUAGUGCUGCCAAAUCGAUCAUGAUUCGAAGCCAAGCUAAAACCUAAAAGAUAACCAAAACAUAUCGCAUGGGAUCAUCCACUAAGUAAAGUUCAUGUGGGUUAAAGCAAUAAGUAGCAUAAGAAAUGUGUAGAAAUGUACUUGCUCUUGGACUAUGCGUCUUUCUAUGAUGCUGAUUUCACUGUCUUUUAAGCUAUGAUUACUCAUGUCUAAUCAAAUAUAAGUGAAGAAGGCAACAAUGAGAAUGUUCUUCUGAA